AUGAAUAAGCGGCCCCGCGACGACCACUCUUCCUCCUUCGCCUCCGCGCCCAAGCGCCAGUACGGCGCAGGCGGAGGGUAUGGCGCGCAGCAGGGGUACUCGGAGGAGCGGAGCAGCGCGCGGCGGGUGGCCGACCACUACAGCGCACGGUCCAACCAGACCCUCGAGGAACGCGAGAACAGCCCCAUCAUCCACCUCAAGAAGCUCAACAACUGGAUCAAGAGUGUUUUAAUCCAGCUGUAUGCACGCCCGGGCGACUGCGUUCUUGAUCUUGCUUGCGGGAAGGGAGGUGAUUUGAUAAAGUGGGAUAAAGCCAAGGUUGGCUACUAUGUAGGGGUUGAUAUUGCUCAAGGCUCGAUAAAAGAUUGCAUGACUCGCUACAAUGGUGACACAGAUCAACAAAGAAGGAAAAAGUUCAGUUUCCCUGCACGGCUUAUUUGUACUGAUUGCUAUGAGGCUCGUUUGGAUGAAUAUUUAUAUGAGGAUGCUCCGUUUGAUAUAUGUAGCUGUCAGUUUGCUUUACAUUAUUCAUGGUCAACUGAAGCACGCGCUAGACAAGCCUUGGCAAAUGUGUCUGCAUUACUUCGUCCUGGAGGCAUUUUUAUUGGGACAAUGCCUGAUGCCAAUGUCAUUAUCAAAAGGCUUCGAGAAUCUGAAGGGUUGGAAUUUGGAAAUAGUGUUUACUGGAUUAGCUUUGGUGAGGAGUACGCUGAAAAGAAAUUCCCUGCAUCCAGACCAUUUGGUAUCAAUUACAAGUUUCACUUAGAGGAUGCUGUUGAUUGCCCAGAAUGGGUUGUUCCAUUCCAUCUCUUCAAAUUAUUGGCAGAGGAGUAUGAUCUCGAGCUGGUUCUGAUGAAGAACUUCCAUGAAUUUGUACACGAGUACUUGCAAAAACCAGAGUUCACCGAGCUGAUGCGGAGGCUGGGUGCCCUUGGUGAUGGAAGGCAGGACCAAAGUACACUGUCGCAAGAUGAGUGGGAGGUUUCCUACCUCUAUCUCGCAUUUGUCCUGCGGAAGCGAGGGCAACCGCCUACCCAACGAAGAGCCAACAACGCAAACAGAGGGAAGAUGUUCCUCACCGAGGGUGACAUCGAAGUUCUCGGGAUAUAA